GUUGGUCCAGCUGGUCCUCUUGUUGCUGUAGCUGGUGAAGACCUGGUUCUGCCCUGUUCUCUCAAACCCAACAUCAGUGCUGUGGACAUGACAGUGGAGUGGAGUAGACUCCAUGGAUCAGACACUCUAGUGCAUCUGUACACAGACCAUGAAGACAGAAAUGAGAGACAGAUUCAGUCCUAUAGAGGGAGGACACCACUGUUUAAAGAGGAACUGCAGAAAGGCAACACUUCAUUAAAACUCUCCAGAGUGAGAGUCUCUGAUGAAGGAGAAUAUAAAUGUUUGAUUGAUAAUAAAAGCUGGCAGGAUGAUGUGACUGUUGAAGUCAUAGUUGAAGUGCUUGGCUCCCGGCCAGUGAUCUCUAUGGAGGGCUACGACCAUUCAGGAAGACUGAGUCUACUCUGUGAAAGUAAAGGUUGGCGUCCCGAGCCUGAUGUUUUGUGGCUGGACAGUAAUGGGGAUGUUCUCCCUGCUGAGAAUACAGAGACAGUCAGAGACACAGAGGGUUUCAAUGUGAAACAACGUGUUAUUGUACAGGACGGUAACACCAACAGAUUCUUCUGUAGAGUAAUAAUGAGAGACCACAUGAAGGAGGCAGAGAUUUUCAUCUCAGGCUUUGAGAAGAAGAGGAGAAUGCACGCAGUGUCUGUGACCCUGGAUCCUGAUACAGCCCAUCCCAAACUCAUCCUGUCUGAUGAUAGAAAAGAGGUGAGACACAGGGACAUAUCAAAGAAUCUCCAUGACAACUCAAAGAGGUUUGACACCUGUGUCUCUGUCCUGGGAAAGGAGGGGUUCUCCUCAGGGAGAUUUUACUAUGAGGUGGAGGUCAGGGGGAAGACGGACUGGACUUUAGGAGUGGCCAGAGAGUCCAUUAACAGGAAGGGACAGAUUGCAGUGAAUCCUGAGAAUGGAUACUGGGCCAUAUGUUUGAGGAAUGGGACUGAGUAUAUAGCCUGUAACUCUCCCUUCAUCUCCCUCUCUCUGACACAGAAGCCAGGGGAAGUAGUGGGGGUGUUUGUGGAUUAUGAGGAGGGUCUGGUCUCCUUUUAUGAUGUGGAGGCCAGUUCUCAUAUCUACUCUUUCACUGGUCAGUCUUUCACUGAGGAACUCUAUCCCUUUUUUAGCCCUGAUCUAAACAGGGAAGGUAAAAAUUCAUCUCCAUUGGUCAUCUCUCCUGUCACUUAA